AUGAUGAUUUCAAUGCAAGAACAUAAUGAUCUUGAACUCGAUCAUGACAAACACGAAACAUCAAUUAUUCUUAGUCCAAUCGGAAUGAUCAUUUACGGAAUUUAUCAUAUUCGACUAAUGCUCAUUUCAACAAUCGAAAAAAAUUCAGCCAUCGAUCGUCAAACUCACGCAAAUGAUGAUCUGUAUAUCACGGACAAAUCAAACAAUAAUCUAAAAUUAAUGUUUGAACUCAAUAC